AUGGCUCAAAGAGUAGUUUCUAGUGAAGAGGUCGAUGAGGAAACUUGUCCCGUUUGCGUGGAAAGUUUGAGUUUCACUUUUAGGUUACCAGGAGAGAAAGCUCCUAUUGUACCGGAAUGUGGACAUUCGUUACAUCAUGAAUGCUUCGUCACGGUUUACGGCGACGUCCCUCCUGAGGGAUCCAAAAAGGUCCUCGGCGUUUGCGGCGUGUGUCGUCAACCUAUGCGUAUAGCGGAUAAGGAAGAUAGGAAAGCUCGGGGGAAACUGGCCCUCCUCAUGGGUCAAGGUGGUGCCAAACCAUCCAUUCCUCAUUCACAUUCCACCCCCUCCAUCAGGUCCGGCUCCGGGCGUGGUCCCCUCUCACCGCACGGUCCACGCGAUGCCAACUCUGAUGACCCACUCGAAGCUCCUUCCCGCGCCGCCAACGCUGAUUCAAAGGUCGUCGUACCGUCUAUCUCAAUCCGUUCCGAGUAUCCAAGCAUAACUCGUAAUCCAUCUCGCAAAGGUGCUCAGGCAAUCACUGCCAUGAUCACCGUCGAAGUCCCUCCUGCGGGUGAACGAGGUCGAUAUCAAGGUCGACCUCGUCUCGACAUGGUUCGUGGGGGUUCCAACGAAUCACAACUCUCGCCUCAACUUCCUCCUUCUCCUCGAUCAGCAUCAUCUCAUCCUGCUGACAUGGCUCCAACAUCUGCUCGAUCCGUCACAUCUGCCGCCACACCUAGUUCUUUCGGACAUGUCAUCAAUGAUUUGAAGAACAGAGUACAGGAUUACCGCACUUCCGGAUUGGACACCCUGGGAACUUUAAGACUAUUCGACCUUCUGUAUGUUCGAAAAGGUCCAUUGAUCCGUGAAUUUCACGUCUACCUCUUCCAAGAUGCUCUCAUUUGUGUGUCGGAAGAGAGAAAAUCCGGAUUGAAGAGUUUGUUUUCUUCUUCCUCAUCCGUUCGAUCCAACGAUACUGGAGCGUCAGGACGAGGUGUUCUCAAACUAAAGGGAAGGAUUUAUAUGAAGCAUGUGAGGAAAAUCCUUGAUUCAUCUACGUCCAACGAACUCAGUUUGACAAUCACCAUGAUGGACGAAAGUAUGGAUUCAUUUAUCCUCGUUUUCAAAGACAGAGGAUCUCACGAAACUUGGAAAGGGAAUUUGAACCGUUUAUUGGAAGAAGUACGACCUACCAACUCUGCCGGUAAUUCCGCAAGCAAAGUUUCUAAACUGAUGGGGAACGGUGCUCCUUUACCUCAAAGUAGCAAUCCUCGAAGUCCUUCCACCAACAGUUCUGGUGGUUUAGGUAUGUCUUUUGGAGACUUGACAUCUCCUAGUGUAGGUUCAUACGCCAACACACCUGCUACCUCGAAUUUUUCACCAUCCUCCAAAACAGAACAAUCCAUCGAUUUGACAUCGAUUCCACCUCUCGCACCUGUCCACACACCAUUGGAUCUAGUCAUUAUCAUAUCUCUUCCUUCUCCAACUUCUUCGGCCACACCUCUGAAAGUGAAACUCAUGCGACAAUCAUUAUCUUUCAUUUGCGCUCUUCUCGGAUCCCGUGAUCGAUUAUCUUUGGUAGCUUGCGAAAUGGGUUCAAACGGUACCGUACGAAAAACUCCUUUCUUAAACCCUACUUACUCCGAAUCUCGACGUCGUUUGAAUGGAUUCAUCGAAUUAUUAGGUAAUGGUAAAAUCGAUGAAGACGAAUACGAAGCUGUUAUAGGUGGAGAAGAAAGACAAGAUGUUGUUACUGCUGUCAACGUAGCAUUAGACGUCGUACUUCAACGUAAAACCAAAAACCCAAUAACAGGAAUGAUUUUGAUUUCCGAUACUUCAGAUAUAAUCAAACGUGCUCAAAUGGAUUUAGUAGCAGCAAGAUUAGACGCUGCGAAUGUCCCAGUACAUUCAUUAGGAUAUGGAAAAUCACAUGAUCCAUCACCAUUAUGGAUGAUUUCAAAUCAUACGAACGGUACUUAUACAUUCGUAAAAGAAUGGUAUGAUUUAAGAGAUACAUUAGCUGGGAUCAUAGGAGGUUUGAUGAGUGUGGCCAUUACCAAUAUGAAGUUACAUUUGAAUUGUACUGAAAACGAUUUCAAAGUCGUUAAAGUUUCAGGUGCUAUACAAGCUAUUGUAGGUACGAGUGGGAAAGAAGUUGAUGUUGAAUUGAAAGAAUUAAGAUUUGGUGAGAUUAGAGAGAUUUUGGUUGAAUUGGAUUUGAUAGAUUCUGGUUCACCUAGAUCUUCAGGUGAAGAAUAUGAAGAGAAUGGGAUUUAUGGGGAUGGAAUAUCAACUAUAGGAUUAGGUAUCGAUACUUUGAGCGUAUCAGAAUCCAACGCUUUAAGAGAAAACAUGUAUUCGGAAGAAAUGAUCGACGAAGUACCAGUUGUUGAAGUUGAUUGUUCUUUUUCAGAUCCAGCUGUAGGAAGAUCUGUAGCUAGGUUAACACAUCCUAUUUUGUUGACUUUGGCUCUAGUUCCUUUCCGAGGUACAAACUUUUCUUCGAAUUUCCAACCUACUAAUCCUAUGAUAGUGAGAAGAAGAAUGGAACUUUUAACAAGCGAUAUGAUAACAAGAGCUUUGUUAAUCGCCAGUAGGAAAAAUUUCUCUCAUGCAAGUAGGAUUUUGAAAGAAACAAGAAGGAUAGUUGAGACUGUUCAAGAAGGUUUGAGAGAAGGAAUAGGAGGUUAUGCAAGUGGAAAUUCAACAAAAUCUCAUUCGAAAAAAGAAAUUCAAAUUAUUUUAGCAACAAAAGGUUUAGAUGCUAUCAUAUCAGAUUUAGAUAUGUUGUUGGAUGGUUUAGAAGAACAUAAAGAGAUGUUUGAGAGAGAUCAUAGGAAUUAUGCUGCUCAACAGGCGGUCGUACUACGUGGUCAGAAAUCAUGGACUACUAGAACUUCUAGCGAGAGACAGUAUUGUACUGCUGAAGUACAACAGAUAGUGCAGUUGAGUGGGGAAUGGGCUGGGAGGCCUUAG